CUCUAUACCAUCUAUACCAUCCAAGCAAAAUGUCCACCAAAGCCUGGUACAUCAUCUUCCCCCGCAUCCGCGCAAAAUCCGUGCCUGAAUACACCCACUCUGAACUGAUCGAGGAGAUGCUCGCUGACCUCCACUACCACAGGUGGUGCCUGCUGAUGUUGAUGUGUAUGAGGAUAUAGCCUCGUAUGCUACGGAUCGUCUUCUUGAGAACCAGCAGGACGGUGAGCGGCGGUUGUGGAUUAUGGGGAUUUCUCCGUCGAAUUUGAACAACAAAAUGGCCAUCAAAACCUGGUAUAUCAUGUUCCCCCGCCUUACCUCCUCAGUUGUGGACCGAUACAGCAAGACCGAAUUAAUUGAGCAGAUGCCCAUUGACCUCCGUGACAAGAAGGUGACCGUUGAAUCUUCCCCACCGGCCGAUUUCACCAUGACCCAUUUUCCGAUCGAAUUGCCCUCCGAGGUUGAAAAGGAGGUGGAUAUUAUCUCCGGCUCGUUGGAAAGCCUUCGUGACCUCCAGCAGCGUGGUAUCCAGUGGACGCGAAAGAAGGUGUAUCUGUGA